AUGAGACCCCUGAGCACCCCUCUCGGCCCCGUGAACGGCCAGGGCUCCCCGGUUCGUCCACCGGCCCCCCAGGUGGCCCAAGAAGCCCAUCACCCUCAUCCGCAUCAAGAAGCUCCUUCUAACUAUCGCCAGCUCGUUUCUGAGCUGCUCAUGGGCGGCGGCCCUUUCUCGAUUCAGAAUCAUUCACUUGUGGAAUACCCGGCGGGCGGUGGUGAGCUCGGUAAUGAACUGGCGGGCACACGAAAGCGCACCCAGUCCAUCAUGAUGGAUGAUCUUGUGUUGAUGGGUUCGGAUGGAAAGUUGGCACCUAGCUCUCCCGAGAACGCCACUUAUGCUUACGAGGAGGAUGAGCUGGUUCGUGAAGAUGAAGAGGUUCACUUGGCGACCUUCACGCUGGACUUUUACUUCAUCGCACACGGUGCUCCUGUCCGCCUCUCAAUCAACAAACAUCUUCCCACACCAUCGUUAUCAUCGUCCGGCUGCAACAAAUUCAGCAUCCAAGAGCACUUGGAGAAUGCCUUAUAA